UGUUGAAUAGUUCGUCUAUGGUUGCUGGCCGAAUGUUGUUGGCCAUCACAUCAAAAUUAGAUCAAAUAUUCCAAAAUGAAACAACACAAAACUAUCACUAUAAUGGCCGGCUAUAGUGAUGAUGAUUGUCAAAUUGUCGAAAACGACAUACGGCAUCAUCUUCAUUAUCUUGGCCAUCCUCAUCUUCCAAAUUAUCAUCACGAAUCUGAUGAUGAUGAUGAUGAAUAUUGUUGGCCAUCACUAUCUUUACCACAACACAUCUGCUUCAAUAACAGCAGCAGUUUAGUUGUUGAGCAGAGCAACAGUAAAAGCGAUAGUGACAAGGCCAUUGGUCAUCGGCGUCGUGUUCCAUUCACGUUACUUUCUUCCAUCACCACCAACAUCAUACACCUGUUCUUCUGUUUGUUAUUAAUGUUUAUGUUUCAUCCGACUAUUUCCAUUGCGUUCAAUCAUCAAAAUCAGCAACAUUUAUCCGCUGCUGUUACGCAAUCGACGCCACCAUCUUUGAUUGGCCAUAUGCAUCAUGGCCAACCACAAACUCAGCAUUCCCCAACAGCGGCUAUCGUUCGUCGUUUAUAUUAUGCACCGGCCACCACCACCACCACGGCCGCUAAUGCUCAUCAUCAAUCAUCAUUGCCUAUAUCGAUUCGAACUAAUCCAUAUCGUUCCAUGGUCAAUCAUCAUCAUCAUAGUCAUUCCAAUUCGCGAACAUCGAUGAUGGCGCCCAAUCGAAUCCGUAAUAAAAAUGCAAAAGGUGUAGCCAAAGUGACUCCCAUUUCGAUACAAUCCGCUACAUUCGAUUCGACUGUCCGUUUGACCAGUCGGCCAGUAUUACAACAGAAUGACAGCACCAGCAAUGUCAAACAACAGCAAGUCAUGUUGAAUGGUUUACUUCAGAAACCAUCCACAUCGCUUAUUCAAGUUCUGGAUUCUAAUUCCAAUCAAACACUGACCACAACUACCAUUACGCCACCGACAUUAUCAUCUACAAUAUCAUCAUCUAGUCAUCGACAAGGUAAAUCACUGCAAAUAUCAUCUACGACCAUUCAAUCGAACAUUAGUGAAACAACGACACCAAGUGAUAAUGUUAGUGGUGACGGUGGUGGAAAUCUUUGUUUUCUAUCACAUGGUGGAUCAUCCGAAACAUUCACAGUGAAUGAAGCAAUGCCCAUCAAUUCUGUCAUCGGCACCAUCAAGGUGAUUGGUGAUGCUACCGAAAAUGGUGAUAUCGAUUUGUUCAUAAUAGGCAAUAACAAUGUUGAUGAUAACAAUAAUUCGACCACCAUCACACCUGAUCAACCACCAGAGAUUCCAAUCCGUAUCGAACCUGGCACAAAAAAAUUAAUUCUUGUUCGAAAAUUGGAUAAAGAAAGCGUUGAAGGGGAAUCCAGUGUUACGAUCGGUGUUCGAUGUCGACCAAAACAACAACAAAAAUCUGCCAGGAAAUUAUCGCCGAAUGAUGAUCAUCAAAAUGAAUCCUCGUCAAGUUCGAAUCGUGUUGAAAAACGUAUUGCAGCCGAUGAAUCAGCAACGGAUCACCAUGACACAUCAUAUUGGACUUAUCGAACAGAUUCUGCCGAUGGCGAUGAAGAUAUUAUCAUACCGAUUAGGAUUCUAGUUACCGACGCUAAUGAUAACAAGCCAGAAUGGCAAGGUCAAAUUCCAUACUCGGUUAAUAUCAGUGAAAUGGCUACGAUAGGUUCGGUAGUAAUGACUGGCAUCAAAGCUAUCGAUAAUGAUCAACUUGGUCCAUACUCUACGGUUGAGUAUUAUGUUGAACCAGGUCCCUAUUCACAUUUGGUUCGAUUUAGUUCACCACUAGAAGGAACAUUAAUUCUGGCCGGUCAACUUGAUUAUGAAACAUUACCCAAGUUUUGGGUAUCAAUUCGUGCACAGGAUCAAGGUAAUCCACCCAAUACGGCCAUAACAACGGUCAACAUACAGCUAAUCGAUGCUGAUGAUCAGAAUCCUCGUUUCGAAAUGGACAAAUAUACGGCUAUAUUGGCCGAAGGACAAGCCAUUGGUCAUCCAUUACAGGUCAAACCAAAACCGAUCCGUGCUGAAGAUCCAGACCGAGCAAUACGAUCACCGAUUGUGUAUGAAUUCAAUUCCAAAGAUGAAGAUAGUCGGGAAAACACUUAUUUCAAAAUUGAUUCACAAACUGGCCAAGUUAGUUUGAAACGACCAUUGCAUUCAUCAGUUUCCUUACCAAUUACAUUGGUUAUACGUGCUACUCAACUAGACAACCGUGAUCGUUAUGCACUAACUACAUUGACCAUUAUGAGCAAACGUAAUCAAAUGAUGCCUGAAUUACGUUUUUUGCAUAGUAACUAUUCCACUUCGUUGCUGGAAAGUACUCCACCCGGUCAGGUUGCAUUGACCGUACAGAUUAGCCAACCAUCAGCCGGUGCCAGUGCUCAGCCAUUACGAUUUCAGAUUUUGGAUGAUGAUGAUAACUAUUUUUCAAUCAAAAACACUGGCGAAAUUGUCGUACAGCGAAUGGUCGAUUAUGAAAAACAUCAUCGAUAUUCGUUUCGUGUUAUGGUCAGUGAUGGACGACAAACCGAUUUGGCACGUAUCACUAUCGAUAUAAUCAAUGUUAAUGAACAUGAUCCUAUUUUCGGCCAAUCCAAUUAUGUGUUUCAUGUUAACGAAGCUCGUCUUCGAUCGUCACCAGUGAUUGGUCAAAUUCAAGCUACCGAUGCUGAUGAUGGUGACCGUAUCCAAUUGACAUUGUCUGGACCACAUGCCGGUGCAUUUGCCUUGUCGAUCGAUGGUACACUAAGACUUCGAAGUCUUCGCCGUGUUAAUCAAACUGAAUGUCAUAUGAUUGUGACCGCCACUGAUAGUGGUCAACCGCCGCGUAGUUCAUCAGCCUCAGUGGUGGUUAAAUUUGCACCAGCAUUGUUGAAAUCAUUGGCCGGUCGAACAUUAGAAUCAUUACUGUUCGAAUUGGAACAGCAAACUGCUCAAUUUGAUCUUUCACCAUCAUCGCCGACUGCUGUCGACAUUCUUCAGCAUUCAGCAGCGAAUAUAUUUUCCGCUUCCACCAAUUCAUCGGCAUUGGUUUUGGUCAUCGUUUUAGGUGUUUUGUUAGGAACGCUGUUCAUCAUAAUCGUUGCACUUACAUUGCACGUAUUAAAAAAUCGUAAAUUUGAAUCAUCACGACGAAGUUCAUCAUCGGCUGCCGCCAAUAGUCAUCAUCAUUGUUCGCCAAUUACAUCAUCAUUACAUCCUCAUCAACGUCAUCACCAUCACCAUAGUUCUUCGGCUUCUUCAACAACGUCCAGCGCAUCAUCAUCAUCGGAAUUAUCGUUAUCCGGUGCUAUGAAUAACAGUGCACAUUCGCAUCAUCAUCAUCAUAAUCACAAUAAUCAUCAUCAACACUCACCUAAACGAUUAUUAUAUUCAGCUCAAGGAUCAACAUUAUUCCAACCGACCACUGCUGCAGUUGCCAUGCUCCGUUCGAAUAAAAUUGUUCCUUCUGAUUCGAUAAUGAAUCGAUUGUCUUCAUCGCCCAUCACCGACAACAACAAUAUCGAUGAUAUCGAUAGUAAGACGAAAAAAUUGUUGGAUAAUCUUAGUCCAUUGAAACGACCAUCUGCAAACGUACCAAACAAUAACAGUAACAGUUCAAUCGAACAACCAGAUAGUGCUAUUUCAUCUGAUCUUUCUUGUUGGUCGGAUAGUCAUCAUAAAAUUGUCACUCAAACUGACCAUCAUUUGAUCAAUUCGGAUUCGAAUGUCAACGUGACGGCCAUUGCCAAUGCCAAUUCCACUAGCCAUUCGAAUGCUGACGAAUCGAAUGGAACAGUCGCUUCGAGAAUUAGUGUUAUUCGUUGGCCACAAGGUUCGAUACCACGAAGAGUCAAAAAAUUAACCUGGAAAGAUGAACAGCGUAAUAAUCAUCUGGAUCAAUUGUAUACAAGUAAUUCCAUUGUCAAGGCACCACCACCAACGCCCAUCAAACCGACCACGACAACAGCAACCAAAACCAAAACAUUAAGCGGUCAUUUGUUGACCGGUACAACGACCACAACGAUAUCGCCUGCACCAUUACCACCAUUGCUUAAUGGACACGGUCAUUAUCAUCUACAACAGCAACAACAUUAUCAUCAUAGUCAUACGGGUAGCAAUAGCAGUAACGGUAGUUCUGCAUUGAUGACUCCUUCUUCGACGACGACUGCCAACAAUAAUAACACCACCGUUAUUCGCCAUCAUCAAACACCACAUUAUCCGGUGACUACCAGCGUCACAUCAUUGGCCUCCAUCAUGGACAAAUCAAUUUCGAAAUCUCAGCCAACAAACGAUCCAACUGCAUUACCCGAUUUGACUGUUUAUUUCUGAAAAACAAAAGUUUUGAUCAUUUCAUUUUGUUGUGAUAUUUAUUCCAUUCCACCAUUACCAUAAUCAUCACUGCUGUCAUAAUAAAACAAUGCACAUUAUUUUGUAAAUAUAU